GACCUGCUGUUUUAGUUGCGCAUGCGCAUCGGUUGAAGAAGACGCCAUUUUAUCAAGGAAAGCAAGAUGCCAGCGGCAGAGGCAGAUAGACCUGGGAAAGUAUUUGUGGGCGGAUUAGCAAGUGACAUAGACGAGGCCGUGUUAGAGAAGUACUUCAGUCACUAUGGAAGACUUACAGAAGUUAUAGUCAAGAGAGACAAAAACACACAUCAAACUAGAGGAUAUGCUUUUAUCACUUUUGAAAACCCAUAUGAUGCUGAUGAUGCCAUUAAAGAAAUGGACAAAAAGGAAAUUCAUGGUAGACAGAUUUAUGUUGAACAAGCUGUAAAACCAAGACAUGAAAUACAAAACCAGCGACCACCCCCCAGAGGUGGUAGUUUUCGGGGGGCACCACGAGGUAGUCGAGGAGGUGGCGGAUCAGGACGUGGUGGGGGUGGUAGUCGAGGUGCACCGCGAGGCAGAGGAGAUGGAAGCAUGGACAUGAGGAGUAGGUCGCCAAUUCGACAAAGGCCAGAGCGAGGGAGAUCAGACAGAGAUUUUGGUCGGCCAGACAGAGGCGCCCCGCCCCCUAGAAGGGAUGGGUAUGAUGGGCCACCAAGGAGAGAUUUGAUCAAUGAAUUUGAACAUCAUCAAAUGUUAGAUGAAGAGAAACCCUGGAUCACUCCAGAUUUAGUGUUACUUGUUAGACAGAAAGAUGAAAUGCAAGAAUGGGCAAAUAAAUGUCCAUCUCUAUUGGCUGAAUACAGAAAAUUUCGUAAUCAUGUAAGAAUGAAAAUUAGAAAAGCAAAAGUAGAGUACGAAGAUCCAACAGGUGAGAAAAGGGAUGCAGGUUUCAAAGAGAGAAUGCUGAAAAAGGGUUUUACUCCAGAAGAAAUUGAGAAAAGGAGAAACAGUUCAAAUAGGCCAGAAACUCAUCAUGGUGGGAAAAAAUAUGAGCCCCCAAUUAUGUACCCGGGAAAUUUAGCGACUGCAACUACGACAUUGCAAGUUGGCGGUCCUUCUGAGACAUUGUCUGUCACUCAUGACCCAGAGGCAAAGCAACAAAAGGCCAAAUUUGUAAACUUAAUGUCAAAACAGAGCAAAACUGUUUACGAAACUUAUCAAAAGAAAAAUAUAACACAGGGAAACUGGUCAGAAAAUCAAGCAAACCCUAAUCAAAAUGUCAAUCAGGGUUGGUAUGGUCAAAAUUCUGCAUCAACUUCCCAACAUUCGAGUACAAAUGUUCAGCCUGUAAAUUACACACAUUCACAACAAGGAUUUUCACAGGUUAAUACUUCAUAUAACUGGCCAAGUAAUACAAAUCAGCAACAACAGGGGGGUUCUACAACAGGGCCUCAGGGAUACACUUGGUCUUCAAAUUACAGCUACACAACUACCGACAAUGAUCCUACAGCAAAUCAGAACGUCACAACAGAGGAAACCCCACAAAAUCCCUGGCAACAAGCCAUGGCUGAUUAUUGGCAGAAAUCAUCUGCGACAUCUAGUUCUGAAGCACCUGUAGAAACAGCUGGUUUUACUCAGACGUCUGUAAGCCAAACUGUGCAAUACACAACUCAGCAAUUUACAAGUCAGACCCAGUCAUCAUCAGGUCAGAGCCUUAACACUAUAAGCCAAACUCAAACUCAAAGUUUUAACACUGAGAGCCAUACUCAAACUCAAAAUCCUCAAUCUCAGUCCUCAAUUAUGAAUCGUCUUAAUGAAAUGGCUUAUGGAGCUCAGCCUGUGGCAAACCCAGAAAUCCAGGGACCUGUAAAAGAUAAAGUGAAAAACACCGCAAAAAAAACAAUGAUAUCAAAUACUGGAAAAGCAAAGCAAGCAUUUAAUGUGAAGCCGUUUAAGCCACCAGUUCAAUAUUUCACAGGAGUUGCAAAAAAUAAAAACAAAAUUCAGAUUCACAUCAAUCAGAAAUUUUCAUUAGGAGGAGAACCCCAAGUCAAAAAAGACGGUAAUACUGGGACAGAAAGCAUGGAAAAGGAAGAAGUUGAUACUAGUACAUCUGAAUCAUCAGUAAAAGAAAACCCCUGGCUGUCGUCUAUUGAGGAAUUCUGGAAAAAUCCACCUAAAGUUCCAGAUUCUGAAGCAUCCAAUCAAUCAAUUAGUGCUAUACAGUCCAAAUCAACAAAGACCCAUACCCAAACUCAGCUGAGUGAAAAUCAGGCAAAACAUAAUCCACAGAACAGUGCAAAUCAGGCUAAUCCUGAGGCACAAGACAGUAAUGCAAAAUCUGAACAAAGACCAGAAUCAGAGAACAAACCAUGCGAAACAGAACUUAAGCCAGUUAACUCAAGUCUGUUAGAAUCACAAAAGGAAGCCCUUCAGAAAGUUAUCAGCAAUAAACCUCUGAAAGAUAAAAAUUGGUCAGAAGGCCAAGAAACUUUUGACAAGGAUAUUGAGGAACUGGACUUGAGCACUAAUAACCCUCAUUACUUCCCACAUCCAGCUACGGUAUCCGCGUAUGAAGAGUAUACAGAUUAUAAUAGUGCUGGGAAUACGGCUAAUGUUUAUGGCCAAGGUGGAAAUGAAGAUUUUGGGGGAGAUCGUUAUGGUGGAAUGGACAGAGGCAUGGACCGUGGUCCACCCCAAAGAUCUAGAGAUCCACCCAUGUCUCGAGGAAGAGAUAAUUAUUCACCAGGCCCAAGAGACUUCAGCAGAGGCUCAGGGCCAGAUAGGAUGGGUAGGGGCUCAGGAAGAGAUUUCCAGCAAUCCUCACGCUACGACCCCCCACAGAGAGACUAUUCCCCACCCCCUCGUGAAUAUCAAUCCUCACGCGACAUAGCAUAUGAAAGGGGGCCAGCAUCCAGAGACAGACUGCCAUCCAGAGAUUAUGGCUCUCCUCAAAAUACCAGAGAUUAUGGAGGUGGAAUGUCUCGAGGCGGCACCUCAAUGUAUGGAGGGUCACGUGACACAGGGAUGGGGGGCAGAGAUGUGUACAGUGGGGGAAGGGACAGAGAGUCGAGAGAUUACAUCAAUAGUUCAAGAGAUUUUGGUGGCCGUGGUGGAAGUUCGAGGAUGGGUUCCUCCAGGGGAGGGCCGUCAAGAGGAGGUGGUGACUUUGAUCGAGGACAGCCACACGAGGAUUCCUUCAGAGAUUCUGGUAGAGGUGGUCCCCCAAGUCGAGGCCCGGCCAGUAGAGGCUUCAGCAGUAUGAGCUCACAAAGAGACGGUGGACGUCCAUCUCAAGGAAUGUACGAAUCGCCAAACCGAGGCCCACCUCAAAGAGGGGCACCCUCAAGAGGACCCCCUCAGCGGGACGAAAGGGACAGGGGAGGUUACCCUGGGGGUCAGCGUCGACCGUCAAAUAUGGACUCAAGAGGAGGCCCACCAAUGAAACGCUCUCGACCUAGUGGACCAUCAUCUCGUGGGGGAAUGCGGAGAUAAAUGAUAAAAUCUUCUUAAUCAUUUUAAGAGAAUAUUUCAUUUUUUUAAUAGUAAAGUUUUAUUUUAAAGUUUUGAAUGUAAACGUUUGGAAGAACAUUAACAAUUUUUUUAACAUUAUUUCAUUUAUAAACUUGUACAAUUGAAAUUUGAUCAACAUUUGAUCUUUUUUUUUUCAUAUAUUAAGCUUCAAAUGAUGUUAUGUUAGUGUACUAGAAAAAAAAUAAAUCAACUCGAAAAAGC